UUUGCACACGUGAUUUAAAUUCGCGGGCUAGAGGAACAGAGGACGAAGACUUGCGAGUUUUGCUGAUAACGUGUACUGAUACCCAUCUACAAGAUGUCGUCACCCAGAAGCACAAGAAGCACACCGCGUAGGGGUGCACAGAAAAGGGGCAGGGGUGGAGACGAUACACCGUCACGGCGCAGCACUCGCAGCAGCCGCAGCACGGAGCCGUCCUCCCCCCCUGCAGCGCUGGACUCCUCCCCCGGGGGCAGCCUCGCCCCCCUCCCGUCGUCACCCCCCUCCCAGGAGCAGCGGCAGAACGUGGCCGACACCUCGCUGUUCUCCAGUCCUGCUGCAUCUCGCGCCGCUGCCAGUGAGAUUGACCUGAGUUCACCCCUGAACUAUGGCACACCUAGUUCCAGGGUGGGCAGCACACCCAGGGGGAGUGUUGCGGGAACUCCAAGAACUCGUGUCCGCGCCGACAUCAGGAGCGAGCGCAAGAGGAGGGAGGUCAACCUGGGCCCGCCUGACGGGACGGAACCGUCUGGAGCGGUGACCAGCGACCAGCCGAGCGGCCCCCAGCUGGUCAUCUGGGGCACGGACGUGGUGGUCAGCCACUGCAAGGACAAGUUCCGCCGCUUCCUGUCGCAGUUCGUCGUGCCGUCUUUGGACGAAGACGAGAUGGAGGGGAUCGACGUCCAGCGGCCCCUGUACAUGCAGAAACUGGAGGAGGUUGCCAUAUCUGCAGAGCCUUUCUUGAACGUGAACUGUGGCCACCUGAAGGAUUUCGACGCCAACUUGUACAGACAGCUGAUCUGUUAUCCACAGGAAGUCAUCCCGACGUUUGACGUUGCCGUGAACGAGCUUUUUCUGGAGAAGUUUCCAGACGCGAGCCUGGAACGCCAGGUCCAGGUGAGGCCCUACAACGUGGAGAAGACAACCAACAUGAGGAACCUUAAUCCGGAAGAUAUUGACCAGCUGAUCACGAUCGGCGGGAUGGUGAUCCGUACGUCCAACCUGGUCCCGGAGAUGAUGGUGGCGUUUUUCCGCUGCCACGUCUGUCACUGGACCUGUACCGUGGAGAUCGACCGCGGCCGCAUCGCCGAGCCGACGCUCUGCCGAAACUGCAGCACGCAGCACAGCAUGGCGCUGGUGCACAACCGCUCGCAGUUCGGGGACAAGCAGAUGGUCAAGCUGCAGGAGUCACCAGAUGACAUGCCCCCCGGCCAGACCCCCAACACCACCAUGGUUUACGCCCACAAUGACCUGGUGGACAGUGUACAGCCAGGAGACAGGGUGAUGGUGACGGGGAUCUACCGUGCCACGCCCCUGCGCCCGAACCCUCGCCAGCGGAACGUGAAGGCCGUGUACAAGACUCACAUCGACGUCAUCCACUUCCGCAAGUUUGACACAAAGCGACUCACCGAGGACCGAGAUGGAGGCACGAAAAUCUCAGAGGAACGGAUGGCAGAGCUAAAGGACUUGUCACAGCAGGGAGAUAUUUACGAACGCCUGGCUCGAGCACUCGCUCCCAGCAUCUACGAAAACGAGGAUAUUAAGAAGGGCAUCCUGUGUCAGCUGUUUGGUGGAACCAAGAAGGACUUCACCGAGGCUGGGAGGGGAAAAUUCAGGUCUGACAUCAACAUCCUGCUGUGUGGUGACCCCGGCACCAGUAAGUCUCAGCUGCUGCAGUACGUGUACAAGAUCAUGCCUCGCAGCCAGUACACCUCCGGGAAGGGCUCCAGCGCCGUGGGGCUUACAGCUUACAUCACCAAGGACCCGGAGACCAGGCAGCUCGUCCUGCAAACGGGAGCCCUGGUCCUGAGUGACAACGGUGUGUGCUGUAUUGAUGAGUUUGACAAGAUGAAUGAAAGUACCCGCUCCAUCCUACAUGAAGUCAUGGAGCAGCAGACGCUGUCCAUCGCGAAGGCCGGUAUCAUCUGCAGUCUGAACGCUCGCACCUCCAUCCUGGCUGCAGCCAACCCCGUGGAGUCUCAGUGGAACCCCAAGAAGAACAUCAUCGAAAACCUGAAUCUUCCACACACUCUGCUGUCCAGGUUUGACCUGAUUUUCCUGAUCCUGGACCCCCAAGACGAGAUUUUUGACCGUCGCCUGGCGAACCACCUGGUGUCUCUGUACUACAGGAGUCCUGAGGAGGAACAGGCUGACGAGAUGGACAUGAGUCUGCUGAAGGACUACAUCAGCUACGCGAGGACCAACAUCCAGCCCAAGAUGAGUGAGGAGGCGAGCCAGGCGUUUAUCCAGGCGUACGUGGAGGCGCGGAAGUUGGGCAGCGGGCAUGGCAACGUGUCGGCCUACCCGCGCCAGCUGGAGUCACUCAUCCGGCUGGCAGAGGCACACGCCAAGAUCAGGUUUUCGAGCGUUGUGGAACUGGUUGAUGUGGAAGAGGCCAAAAGACUGCACCGCGAGGCGCUGAAACAAUCCGCAACAGACCCGAGCACGGGCGUGGUGGACAUCAACAUCCUGACGACCGGCAUGAGCGACGCGGCGCGGAAACGGCGCCAGGAGAUCGCCCAGGAGAUCAUGAAGUGGUGGGCGGCCAACAGCAAACCUCGCACUGCCAAGUCACAGGUCAUCUACGACGCCAUCCGCGCCGCUACCGAAGGGUACCUGCCCAGAGACCUGUUCGACGAGGGCGGACACCUUCUACAGGAGGACGGCAAGGUCAUCCGCACCGGCACCACCUUCCGCUUCAUGUGAUUCUUUAACUUGGCCUUGGACUUCAAAGAAUAGCUGUGCCUUCUGAGGACCUGUUUUGGACACGGAGACCAUGUACAGAGCUUUUCUCCG